AAUAUUCUUACAAGUAAAAAUAGGUUCCAAAAAGUUGGAGAAAGGUAUUUUUACAUUAAUGGUUUUAAAGAUUCCAAAACCAGAACUUGCAUGCAAAGAAAAGAAAAGCCUUAUUUAAUUAAAACUGCUACUGCUUCAAAUAAAGCACCAAAAAUUUCAUGAAAAUACUAACAAUUUAAUUAUCUUCACAAACAAUGGAGAGCUUAAUCAAGCAAACAAGAUCAAGAUUUGCUGGUGGUACAGGACAGGAUAACAAAGAGGAGAAAAGCAGCACUACAACCUUCAAAGAGAAAAAAAGAAACCCGAGCUGGAUAAGAAGACAAUUAUCCAGACAAAUGAGCUGGGAUUACGAUUCCAGUAGUGCCGAAUAUCCCACCGCUAUUGCAGCAGCAGCUUAUGCUAUUCAAUCACUCGAACAAUCACAAACUCCAAAUAAAAACGAGACGAAAUACGGCACGGAUUCUAAGUCACUGAACAAGAUAAAGAGCAAAGUAGAUGAUAAACAAGCUUUACCUGAACCACUUAAAGGUGUUCUCAGGUCCUCAGAUGGAACUUCGAGGAAAAGUUUCGAUGGUUCUGAUAAGAAGCUGCCAAUAAGCACCUCGACGAAUACAAAGAUCCCUGAAAAGCAACCGUCGGUGAAAAAGAAAAUAAGUUUUGCUGACAUGGAUGAAAUUGCUGGUGCUAGUAACAAACCUGAAAAAUCGGCAGUUGAGAAGGCUCCGUCCAUGAAAAGGCCUCCAGCUGUUGCAGACAAGCAAUUGAAGAUCACUGAAAUAAAAAAACCUGAUAUUACUUUGCAAAAGCCUGAUCGUGCAAUACCACGGGACCCUAGAGCAGAUGCGUGGGAGAAAGAAGAGAUGGCUAGCAUUAAAGAACGGUAUGAGAAGAUGAGGGCAACAGUUGAUAACUGGGAGACUAAGAAGAAGAAGAAGGCGAAACGCAAAAUAGAAAAGAUAGAGGCUGAAUUGGAUAAGAGAAGAGCAAGAGCAGUGCAAAGCUACAAAGUGAAGAUUGCAAGAGUCGAAGGGAUUGCAGGUGGGGCAAGGGUGCAGGCAGAGAAGAACCGAAAAAACGAGGAGUCCAAAGCGAAAGACAAGGCAAAUAAAAUCAGAUUAACCGGGAUGCUACCCGCAACUUGCCUGUGCUUUUGAAAAGAAAACUUGUAAAAAAAUUGUUGAUGUGUACGGUUUUCUAACAAAACAAUGGUGUAAAUUGUAAUAUUAAAACUGGCAAUAUAACUGUAAUUUGAACACAAAUUUACCAGAAUGCAUGCUACCAACUAAGGUCGAAAUAAUAAUA